UUUAGGCCAUUUGAGCACUCUCUGCCACUCUCCUCCCUUUACGUUGUUGUUAUAGUCAAAGAAGGCUUUCUUCUUAAUAUCAUUCGCUCCUCAGAAGCAGAAUAUAUUAGAGCACUUGUGCAGGCGGACGUUUUUUUUAUAUAUAGAUAUAUAUAUACGCAAUGUUGAGGAAUCAGAUGGCGUACUUCAGCCGAUUCUUGGAGGUUUUCAAGGCUAUCUGCUUGACGACGGCGACUUGCCUUGUUGCUCUAGUCGGCGCAGUUAUCGGGAUGGUAAUGGGGGCCGUCGCCGGCCAAACGAAGGAAACGGGAGUCUUCCGUGGAGCCGGCAUCGGCGCAUUCGGUGGUGCUGUCCUUUCAAUGGAUAUUUUUGAAUCAGUUGUCCAUGGCCAAACACUUUGCCUGGAGGCAGUUUUGGUGAGCAUGGUAAAUGGGAAAGUUUUCAGGGAAUGGGUCAUUCCAGCCGUCGUUGAUGCAUAUGAGCAACAGGUCGAAGGGUUUGAAUCAAGCUAUGAAAUGUCAAUCGAUAUCUUCAGUUCUGGCGCUACAGGAGGACUGCUGCUCGAAUCGAUCCAGAAACUGAAAGUAUUUGACAUUUCAUAUGAACAGGCGCAAGAAGAUAGCGGGCAUCAAACGUCUUGUGCUAUCUGUCUGCAGGAUUUCCAAGAUGGGGAUGCUGUGAGGAGAUUGCCUCAAUGCCGGCAUAUAUUCCAUGGAGUUUGCAUCGAUGGAUGGCUAUCAAGGCGCAGUUCUUGCCCAAUGUGCAGAAAGGAAAUUGUGAUAUAACUAUUCAGUGUUCUUAAAUUGUUUUCUUUCUUUCUAUAUAUAUUUUUUUGAGAGGAACGAGGAAAGCUCACCUGUCUUUGUUCUUGAAAAAUCCAAGCUGAUAAUUGAAUUGAUCACAUUCUGGAGAAA